AUGGGGGUGGUGUCAUGGGGAGUGGAGGUGCUCGCUCUCUCCUGCAUCCUAGAGCUCUCCCUCUGCCUCGCUUCUGCCUUCCCCUCCCCUCUCCCGGUUUCAUUAACUCCCCUCCCCCUUCCCUAUCGUUCCCCCCUGCCGCUCUUACUAAGCGCAGACCCAUCUCCUGCCCCGCCAUGCUCCCACUGCUGCUGCUCACCUGAUUCUGCUCGCUCUGGAUGCUGGCGGCGGUGUGGCAAAUACAGACGGCAGGCUGUGAGUGCGCCCGAGCGGGUGGUGAGGCAGCAUGGAGUGGUAUGGGAAUGGGGUGGUAUGGGAAGCGCUCUAGCCGUUGCGCAUGUCCUGCAACGGUCAAUCGCUCUCCUGAACGCACAACUCACCCUUAACAUCCUUGUUCCACCUCUCCCUGCCCCCUCUUUGCCUCUCCCUGCCCCCUCUUUGCCUCUCCCUGCCCCCUCUUUGCCUCUCCAUGCCCCCUCUUUGCCUCUCCCUGCCCCCUCUUUGCCUCUCCAUGCCCCCUCUUUGCCUCUCCAUGCCCCCUCUUUGCCUCUCCAUGCCCCCUCUUUGCCUCUCCAUGCCCCCCUUCCUAUGCUACUACCCUGUUAUCACCCUGCCUUCCCUCCUUUCCCUCCCUUUCCUCCCUCCACUCCCUCUUCUCAUCCCCUCUCCCAACAACCCUCACUCAUCUGUCGCACAACCCUCUUCCGGUCCCUGCGUGCCCCCAUGCCCCUCCCCAUGUGGAUUCCCUCCCCCCACACUCCACCGUGCCCGCUGACCUCCGUGAGCCCGCGGCUGCACCCCCUGCGUCCAACCCUCUCCGGCCUUCGCUGGCAGCAUGUGAGUGCUGCUCCAGCGCAUGUGAGUGCUGCUCCAGCGCAUGUGAGUGCUGCUCCAGCGCAUGUGAGUGCUGCUCCAGCGCAUGUGAGUGCUACUCCAGCGCAUGUGAAUGCUGCUCCAGUGCAUGUGAGUGCUGCUCCAGCGCAUGUGAGUGCUGCUCCAGCGCAUGUGAGUGCUGCUCCAGCGCAUGUGAGUGCUGCUCCAGCGCAUGUGAGUGCUGCUCCAGCGCAUGUGAGUGCUGCUCCAGCGCAUGUGAGUGCUGCUCCAGCGCAUGUGAGUGCUGCUCCAGCGCAUGUGAGUGCUGCUCCAGCGCAUGUGAGUGCUGCUCCAGCGCAUGUGAGUGCUGCUCCAGGGCAUGUGAGUGCUACUCCAGCGCAUGUGAAUGCUGCUCCAGCGCAUGUGAAUGCUGCUCCAGCGCAUGUGAGUGCUGCUCCAGCGCAUGUGAGUGCUGCUCCAGCGCAUGUGAGUGCUGCUCCAGCGCAUGUGAGUGCUGCUCCAGCGCAUGUGAGUGCUGCUCCAGCGCAUGUGAGUGCUGCUCCAGCGCAUGUGAGUGCUGCUCCAGCGCAUGUGAGUGCUGCUCCAGCGCAUGUGAGUGCUGCUCCAGCGCAUGUGAGUGCUGCUCCAGCGCAUGUGAGUGCUACUCCAGCGCAUGUGAAUGCUGCUCCAGCGCAUGUGAGUGCUGCUCCAGCGCAUGUGAGUGCUGCUCCAGCGCAUGUGAGUGCUGCUCCAGCGCAUGUGAGUGCUGCUCCAGCGCAUGUGAGUGCUGCUCCAGCGCAUGUGAGUGCUGCUCCAGCGCAUGUGAGUGCUGCUCCAGCGCAUGUGAGUGCUGCUCCAGCGCAUGUGAGUGCUGCUCCAGCGCAUGUGAGUGCUACUCCAGCGCAUGUGAAUGCUGCUCCAGCGCAUGUGAAUGCUGCUCCAACGCAUGUGAGUGCUGCUCCAGCGCAUGUGAGUGCUGCUCCAGCGCAUGUGAGUGCUGCUCCAGCGCAUGUGAGUGCUGCUCCAGCGCAUGUGAGUGCUGCUCCAGCGCAUGUGAGUGCUGCUCCAGCGCAUGUGAGUGCUACUCCAGCGCAUGUGAAUGCUGCUCCAGCGCAUGUGAAUGCUGCUCCAACGCAUGUGAGUGCUGCUCCAGCGCAUGUGAGUGCUGCUCCAGCGCAUGUGAGUGCUGCUCCAGCGCAUGUGAGUGCUGCUCCAGCGCAUGUGAGUGCUGCUCCAGCGCAUGUGAGUGCUGCUCCGGCGCAUGCGAGUGCUGCUCCAGUGCAUGUGAGUGCUGCUCCAGCGCAUGUGAGUGCUGCUCCAGCGCAUGUGAGUGCUGCUCCAGCGCAUGUGAGUGCUGCUCCAACGCAUGUGAAUGCUGCUCCAGCGCAUGUGAGUGCUGCUCCAGCGCAUGUGAGUGCUACUCCAGCGCAUGUGAAUGCUGCUCCAGCGCAUGUGAGUGCUGCUCCAGCACAUUGCGGCAGAUGGGACGCACCAUCAACGUCCCAGCCAUCCCUCUCCUCACCUCAGUACAUUGCCCCAUCUGUAGUCCUUCCACGUCUCCCCUCCCUCUCCCUCUCCUAA